UGCACAAUGGAGGACAGCAUGGACAACACAAGAGCUAUCAGAAGAACUAAAGAAGAGAAAAAAUUACUCCGAAGGCAAAUUAAAGCCAGUCACACAUUGCUGAAACACGAGGGCAUAAGCACAGUGUCGCACCCUACAAAGCAUCUGGUGGUGUCUAAUGGAGGUUUGGGAAAUGGAGUGAGCAGAGAGUCUCUUCUGGAGGUUCUUCAAGAGGGUGGUACUGUGGAGUCACUCCUCACACCUCCUGCUAAACCAUAUGCAUUUGUGACAUAUUCAUCAUCUGAAGCGAGCCAGAAUGCAUACGCACUUCUUAAUGGACGAUCACUUCAGUGUCAGGAUCAAAGUGUGAUGCUCUAUUUCAGCUAUGUUGAGAAAGUGGACAGUGACAAGACUGUAUCCUGUGCUUUGCCUCCUGGUCUGUCUGUGUUGGAUGAUUUUGUGUCUCCAGAGGAGGAGACUCAGCUGCUACAGACUGUUGACUGGACAUCACAUACUGAUGAUGUCAUGGUGCAGAAAGCUUUAAAACACAGAAGAGUGAAGCAUUACGGAUAUGAAUUUCGAUAUGAUAACAAUAAUGUGGACAAAGACAAGCCAUUACCAGGUGGCCUGCCAGUCGAAUGUGAUGCUUUACUGCAGAAAUGUUUGGCUGAUGGUCUCAUAAGUGUUCUACCAGACCAGCUCACUGUAAACCAAUAUCAAAGUGGACAAGGGAUUCCACCUCAUGUUGACACUCACUCAGCAUUUGAGGACACCAUCCUUUCAUUGAGUCUUGGGGCAAAGACAAUAAUGGACUUCAGACAUCCUGAUGGACGAUCUGUCGCUGUGGUGCUGCCAGAGCGGAGUUUACUAGUGAUGAAAGGAGAGAGCCGCUAUCUGUGGACCCAUGGUAUAACGCCUCGGAAGUUUGAUGUUGUACCAGUGACAGAGGCUGGAGGGUCAGGGGUCGUGACUUCUGACUUGAAUAACCUGACCCUGAGUCGGCGAGGAACGAGGACAUCGCUAACAUUUCGCAAAAUCCGUCAUACACCCUGCAACUGUGACUUUCCAUCUGUAUGUGAUAGCCAGCGGCCACCCUCUCCACCCACAGUGCCUGUUGCUAAAGGUGAUGCAUGCCGUUUGGAGGCACAGUAUGUUCAUCAGGUCUAUGAGGACAUUUCUUCCCACUUCAGCAGCACGCGACACUCGCCGUGGCCUCAGGUUCGAGACUUCCUGCUGUCCCUGCCUCCUGGUGCUAUUAUGGCAGACAUCGGAUGCGGCAAUGGCAAAUACCUGGGGAUCAACCCUGACGUGAUGUCGGUGGGCUGUGACCGCAGUGCUAAUCUGGUUCAGAUCUGCACUGAGCGAGGUUAUGAGGCGUUUGUGUCUGAUGCCCUGUCUGUCCCACUGUGCAGUGGCAGUUGUGAUGCCUGCAUAUCUAUUGCUGUCAUUCACCAUUUCUCUACACAGGAAAGAAGACAGUCAGCUAUCAGAGAGCUGGUCCGCUUACUGAAAGUGGGAGGAAAGGCUCUAAUCUACGUUUGGGCCAUGGAACAGGAAUACAACAACCAGAAAUCGAAAUAUCUAAAAGAAAACAAGCACCAGGAGGAGAACAUGGUGCCUAGAACUAGCCUGGACAAUGGUCAGGAACUUAAAACUGAAGAAAAUAACCCCAACCGACAGGAGGAAUAUGUUGGGAAAAUGAGUUCAGACAUGACACGCAUAGAGGAAAGUUCUGGGAACACGACACAACCUAGAAUACAUGUCCAUACUAAUCGCACAGCUUUCCUUUCCCAAGACCUUCUAGUGCCAUGGCACUUAAAAGGUAACAAGGACAAGAACAAGGGAGAUGCAAGUGGAAGUACAAAAGUCCCAGUCGACAAAACAAGCCAGGGGUCUGUGUUUCACCGCUAUUAUCAUGUGUUCCAGCAGGGAGAGCUGGAGGAGUUGUGUUCUGCUGUGACAGGUGUUAAAGUGCUUAGGAGCUACCACGAUCAGGGUAACUGGUGUGUGGAAUUGGAGAAAACACUAGAUACCUCUUCAAAGAAUGAUAUUGCACAGGGAAAAUAACCUUUAUUUAAAUUAUGGCUCAUUCAUUUAAUUGAAUUUAAUUCAGUGUUUGUGUAAAACUGAGCAAGAAUUUUCAUGCAUUCAAAAGCAUGUGAGUGAACGUGCCUGAUGAAAUGGGAAACCGUUGUAGUUCUUAUCUAGCAACUUGUUAGCAACAUAGUUUUUUUAAAAACACGACAGCUUUAAAAUUCACGAUUGGGGUAUGACUGUUUGUAAUUUGUUUUAGAGCAAAACUCCCAUGUAUCUUAAAGUAAAUAAAUAAAUAAAUGAAAAACUGCCAUUAUAAAAACCCAUUGGACAAUCUUGAGGGAACCCAUGGUUCGAAAAUGCUCAUUCUCUUCUGGAUUUUUUUUACUACAACCUGAACAGCUCUACUGGCAAAUAGUUUUUUUUUUUAUUUUAAGCAUAAAUCCCACUAAUUGUUAGAUUGCUCUGAAAAAAAGAAAGAAAGGAAUAGUUCACCCAAAAAAAGGAACAUUCUCUCAUCAUUUACUCACCCUUGUGCCAUCCCAGAUGUGUAUGACUUUAUUUCUUCUACAAAACACAAACAAUGUUUCAUAAAAGAAUAUCUCAGCUCUGUAGGUCCAUACAAUGCAAGUAAAUGGAGACCACAACUUUGAAGCUCUAAAAAGCACAUAAAGGUAGCAUAAAAAUAAUCAAUGCAACUCCAAUAGUUAAAUUCAUGUGUUCUGAAGAGAUCUAAUAGAUUUUGGGUGAGAACAGACCAAAAUGUUACUCCUUUUUUCCUUUAAAUCUUGACAUUGUGUGGACAAACAGACAUCAUAUCUCCAUUAAUAUAUUUUCAUAUGUGUUCCCCGGAAGAAAGAAAGUCAUACACAUCUGGAAUGGCAAGAGGUUGAGUAAAUGUUGAGGGAAUUUUCAUUUUUGGGUGAACUAUUCCUUUAAUAUGUUUUGUUAAUUCUGACAAUUUUGCAUAUGCCUUUUCAGCUUUCUCACUAAAAAGAGAAUUGUUAUGUAUAUUAACAAAUUGCUAAAUUAAACUCUUUUGGAAAUA